CGUAUGCAGUCUUCCUGUCGUAGAUGUACCCUCAGAAAACAAAGAAAAGUGCACCAAUCUGGCAACGGAGUGAACAAUAAAGAGUGGUAGACCGUUAAAUCUAAUUGCGGACACUGGCUUAAAAAACUUAGAACAGUUUUUUAUUUUUGUUGGUGCGAAACUGGGGGAAAACGUCAAUAUUGACUCUGUACUGCCGCAACCAACAACUACAUGCAUAUAUCGCGAAACAUCGGUGCGCUCUAUGAUAUUCACUUCAAUGAAGUAAGAAUCGAAAUUAAAGAGAAAAACCAAUAUGGAUAUAGCAUAACUUCAGAUUCUCUGACUAUGCAUUACGUCAAAGAAGGCAUACUUAAAAACCGCCUCCUAGCAGUGAAAUCAAUGGGUGGAGUCUCCUGUACCGGUAAUCAAAUAAAAAACAAAAUAGUGCGAAUUUUAGGUGACUUUGGAUGUGAUUUACUGAUGGACGAUCAAAUAAUUGUUACCGACCGAGGAGCUAAUAUGAAAGCAGCAAAGGACUGAGCGCAAUACACUGUGCAAAUCACUUGAUCCACAAAGUGAUUGGCAAAGUUGUGAAAGAAGUACCAGAAUUGCUGGAUCUGGUUAAUCGCUGCAGCAAGCUUGUUAAGUAUUUUAAAAAAUCUGGACAAAACUGGAACUUUACAAGCACCCUUAAAAGCUACUGUCCAACUCGUUGGAAUACUAUAUUUAACCUCUUGAAGUCGGUUGAGUUAAAUUGGAUGGAAAUUUCGCAGAUUUUGGUGGAAAAAAAAUGAAAUUUCAAGAAUUUUGGAUAUAAAUUUAAUUAAUAUUAGCGGAAUGGUGAACCUUCUUGCUC